AUGGCUUCUCCUCUUAUCAUAGCGGUCAUAAACAGGGCAUCUGCCCUGUCGUUAGAUCUGGCGGCGGCUGUGGGCUGCGGCUCUCUCGUCCCUGUCCAGCGGCGGCCGGCGGCUGUGGCUCUCUCCCUGUCUCCACUCUCCAGCGCAAGGAGCAAGACAAUCUCUCCCUGCCUCCGCUCUCCAGCGCAAGGAGCAAGACAGGCAGCCAGCAAGACAGUCGCGGAGGGUGCCGUCCGCAGAGCCGGAGCCGGAGACGGCGACAGCGGCAGCCCCAUCGUCGUCACCGAUGCCAGGCAGGAGGUCACCGUCUCGCAGUUCGUCGCACAGCUAGAUGAGGCAGCCCGGCGGAGGCUGAACAGCAUGCACCAGGCAACAACGGAGCAACCAGACCUUAACAAACCGAAGUUGUGAACGGUGAACGCUCCAGAUUCAAGCUGAAUAUUGAUUCAAUGUUUCGGGUAGUCGUAGCGAUCAUAUACAGGGCUUCGCUCCAGAUUCAACCAGACCUUAAUAUUGAUUCAACAGGCUGUCGUAGCGAUCAUAUACAGGGCUUCG